CGCGGGGCAGUUGGCUGGACGCGUGUGCAAGUCAAAUUGUGAUUAUCAAAGUGAAUAACCUAACCAACCUUGCCUACCACUUUAUUAUACCAAAAAAAGACCAUCGGUACAACCCCAAGGUACCCGUUUCCUUACCUAGCCAGGCAAGACAAAAAUGGCCUUGUCACGCAUUAAUGGCAAUGAGGAACUUUAUGUUGGCGGCGUCUUUGCACUCCGCCGCGUCCAGACCCUCGAGGAGAAAAACAUCACGCACAUCGUGUCUGUGAUCGACUACUCGCUCGAAAAGUACCAGGAACUGCGGGGCAAGUUCCAGCACAUGAGCAUCGACAUUGACGAUGUCGAGGAUGCCGAUCUGCUGCGCCACUUUCCCAAGCUGGUCCGCUUCAUCGAUGGAGCACUGCACCCGGCUGGUCAUGAUGAUGAUGAUCAGGGGACCAGUGAUGGAGACACAGACAAGGGUGCGCAAACCUCACCGCACGGUAGCGAGGGCGGUCAACGAGGCAACGCCGUCUACGUGCACUGCGCCAUGGGAAAGUCGCGCUCCGUCACCGCCGUGUGCGCCUACCUGAUGCACAAGCACCCCGCUCGCUUCGGCGCCGCAGACCGAAGCAACCCCGACCGCGAGACCGCAGCCCGCGCCGCCACCCAGGCCGCAGUUGACUGGGUCCGUCAGACGCGCGAGAUCGCCGAGCCAAACGACGGCUUCAUGAAGCAGUUGGCACUGUGGUGGGAGAUGGGCACCCCCGCCGACGCCGACGAUGCCGUCGAGAGACAUCCCGUCUAUCAACGUUGGCUCUACAAGCGCGAGGUCGAGGAAAGCAUCAGGAUCGGGCGGGCGCCAGACUGGGUGCGUUUCGAGGACGAGGAGUCGGCCAAGGAGGAGGAUGCUGCUGCCACUGCCGGCCCAGACGCCCAAAGCAAAGUCGAGAUGAGGUGCAAAAAGUGCCGCCGCGUGCUGACCACGCAGCGGUUCAUAGUCCCGCACUCUCCCGCCCACCCGACGAGCCACAAGACGAUGCCGGCCUGCCCGCACGUCUUUGUUGAGCCGCUCUCGUGGAUGCGUCCGGUGUUGGAGACGGGCGAGCUCGACGGCAGGCUUACAUGCCCUGGCGCCAAGUGCGGUGCGUCCAUUGGGAGGUACUCUUGGCUUGGCUUCAAGUGCAGCUGCGGCGAAUGGGUCUGUCCGGCCUUUUCGCUGCAAAGGAGCAAAGUUGACGAGGUGGCUGUUGCCGCCACAGCCGCCAGGGGAGCCAGAUCUGGUGGUUCAGACAACGUAGAGGAUCCCAGGGCAAGGCUGGGCAUCCGCAUGCCGCCGUCCUUGAGGGAAAAUCUCUGAGGUUUGGGCCGCUAUUUACAAGCUUGGCAGUCAACUGACAUUCAUCCGCCUCAAGGUACGUCUUCCCGGACCGUCGGCAGUAUUGGCGUAUGAUCAGCUCGGACUGGAACAUUCUGCAUGCUGCAGAUUGUGGAUUAGUCCUUUCUCGGCAUUAGGCUGCAGCCAUAUUGAAUUUUUUUGACCCGAAUUCUGGGCGCUCCAAUGUAAUGUCCAUUGGUACGCCGAUGCAUCGAAACCCAAAAGGCUUUUUCUUUUCUUUUUUCUUUUUUUCUUACCAGGAUUUCAGUCACCAAGGUCGUGCCGCUCAAGCACAUAAUGUGGUCCUCUAGGGGCGAGUCUGGGCCAUGUCAGUAAUGAUCAAACUUAUGAAGCUAUUUAUGAUUCUCCAACGGUAAACAUAGGGCGUAAAUUUGGUCCUUGGGGUACCGAGAACCCUAUGGUCUGGUCUUGGUUCCAGGCUGUGGAUUAACCCAAAUAUACUAAUGCUCAACCUGCCAGGAGAAUAGGCAGCAAUAAAAAGCACGCAUGGGCGUUGUAUUUUUCAGGGCAGCCUGAGCAGAAGUCAAGUUUGUCGAAAUUUCAAAUUCUCCCAAGGCAGUGAAUAAACUGUAGUGAUAUAGCCGUCUGAAAAAGGACCAGGGGCAGUAUGUAGAAAACCCGUGUCAAGAUCUAUUGGUGGAAAGUACCCGGGGAGUGCGAGAAAGC